AUGCUCAGUUGAAUUUUGCAAGUUUUGCUCCAUUUCAUAUUUGCAACAACUGUGCAAACAGACACUAAAAAAAACUUGGCUUUCAUUUUGACUUUGGCAUGUUGUUGUUUGGCUCUUGCACACUAGUUAUUUAUUCACAUUUACCACAAAUAAUGACUAGAAACCUAACCUGCAACUAGACUGUUGAAGUAACUUCUGGAACGGUUUGCUUCCUUCUCUUUCCUCCACCCCCUUAAGACUUUUUGUCUUGUGGGAUUUGUUCGCAAUCUGCUAGAUGAAGCUCUAAGGCAAGUUUGCCAGAUCUAGGGCUGCAUCAUCGUUCAGCACAUCUGGAAGUGGUUUAUGGGCUCUCAUUCCUUCAGUGCCGCGUCUGGACUCUCUGCUAUUCCUCAGCAGCAGAGAGAAAAGAAAACCAGCACAACUCCAAAGUAAACUUUGAAGAGUUUGAAAAAGGAAUCGAAUCUUAAAACUGUUUCUGUGCCCUGUAAGGCCCUUGUACAGGGGACUUUAAAGGAGGACGAUGGGCAAGGAAGCUUUGGCAAGAGUGCUUACAUCUGUGGGCUAUCUAGGAUCCAAGUAAAAAGCUCUUCAGGAGAAAGAAGUCCCGAAUACUGUGCUGCUUUGAAGAGAGAGCUGCUGGAAUGCAGACAAGUACUGCAGAUGUGAAAGGAAUCGCAGAAAUAUUCCUCUCUCUACGAUUUAGUCAUCUGUUGGGAUCUAAAUAUAUGCAAAUACCACAGUUCAUAUCCAACAGAACAUAUGGCUCUUUUAAAGAAAAUUAACCAGAUCUUACUGUUGCUUCUUGUCUUAACUGUAUGUGCAAUUCUGUACAACAAAGUUCACAAAGUGCCAUCUGCAUUAAAGAAUGAAGCAGUUGACUUGGAGAGUCCUGAGGAAAUGGAAGAAGAAAUCCCAGUCGUAAUCUGUGCUGCUGCAGGCAGAAUGGGUGCAGCUAUAGCAGCAAUCAGUAGCAUCUACAGCAACACAGAGGCUAAUGUUUUGUUCUACAUAGUUGGGCUGAAGAACACCAUCCCUCAUAUUCGAAAAUGGAUUGAAAAUUCUAAACUGAAAGAAAUAAAAUUUAAAGUUGUGGAAUUCAAUCCCAUGGUACUAAAGGGAAAAAUCAGGCAAGAUGCAGCACGUCCUGAACUACUGCAGCCUCUGAACUUCGUUCGAUUUUAUCUUCCUUUGCUUAUCCAGAAACAUGAGAAAGUCAUAUAUUUGGAUGAUGAUAUCAUUGUUCAAGGUGACAUCCAGGAACUCUAUGAGACUAAGUUAGCUCCUGGACAUGCUGCCGCUUUUUCAGAUGAUUGUGACCUGCCUUCUACGCAUGAAAUGGUUAGAAGUGUAGGCAUGCAGAACACAUACAUGGGAUUCCUGGACUACAGAAAGCAAGCAAUUAGAGAUCUUGGCAUCAGCCCCAGCACCUGCUCCUUUAAUCCUGGCGUAAUUGUUGCUAACAUGACUGAAUGGAAACAUCAGCGGCUUACAAAGCAGUUGGAAAAGUGGAUGCAAAGAAAUGUAGAGGAAAACCUCUACAGCAGCACCCUCGGGGGAGGUGUGGCAACCUCUCCAAUGCUGAUUGUAUUUCACGGAAAGUAUUCUGCUAUUAAUCCUAUGUGGCACAUACGGCAUCUUGGCUGGAGUCCCGAUACCCGUUAUUCAGAGCAUUUCCUUCAAGAAGCUAAAUUACUUCACUGGAAUGGGAGAUAUAAACCUUGGGACUAUCCCAGUGUUCACACUGAUCUCUGGGAAAACUGGUUUAUUCCAGACCCUUCGGGGAAGUUCAAAUUAACUCGUCCUGACAGCUGAUACUGAAAACACUUAAUGCAUUUAUACUUUGUUUUGCAGCAUGCAAUAGUUUGAGAAGCAACGUGCCAAACUGUGUAAUUAACCGAUUUUAGAAAACUGAGCAUUUCUUAAAUAUUGUCAUAAAAUGAUUGUCAGUUUUGAGGGCUUAUGGGUGGAGAGGGAGGUGGGAGAGUUAGUUACAGUUCAGAUUAUCCUGACUUUCAAAUAAGGUGAGGAAACAAGUUUACUUGACAAUGAAAUACUUUCAUUAAAUAUUUACAGAGGUGAAAUCAGACAAUGUGCUUUAAUGCAAGAUUUUUAUAAAUAAGACUCCAGUAGCUGCUGGCAGAAAACUGACACAGGAAAUACUUCUUAUAUUACAUAUAAGUUGGCUUUAGUCUACUAGCCCCAAUUAAACAGCCCCAAAAUAAAA